CGUAAUGUGCCUGGACUCAGAGAAACUGCCUCCAAACCUGAAGACACAAACUGUGGGAUCACAGACAUCAAAGUGAGACAGCAACCACCAAUCAAAGUGAGACGCUCCACUCAGCCCCUCAAAGGCAACCCUUUACCCAGCUGAGAGAAAGUCAGUGGGAAAGGAAGAUUGAAUAGGUUCAGGUGAGAGGUCAUUAGUGGAAUGCCUGAGAAGUGAGCGGCUCGGGUUACGCUUUAUAAGGUAAAGGGGAAAGAACAGAUUAGUGCCAGAGCUAAAGAGGACAAGGUAGACAAGUGAUCCACAAAAAGAGUAGAUUCACAUCUGCGUAAACCUUCUCCCUGGAGGUAGAGCAUCAGAUAAAGACAGAAAGAAGUUUCCAGGUAUCUGUGGUCCACCUCAACAUGUGGUUUUUGGCUGUGUUGUGGGCUUCCUGCCUGCUGAUGGGCACCCAAUCUCAAAGCAGCACUAGUUUUCGCCAGGCGGAUGCUGGCAGUGGUCGUUGCCAGUAUACCUUCACGGUGGACAGUCCUACAGAGGCCAGUUGUCCAUCACCAGGUUCAAGUCCCGAGAUGGAGUCCCUGAAAUCUCGCCUGGGGCUGCUAGAGGCAAUGGUUGCCCGUCUUGUAGGAGGGGACACCUUGUCAUGGUCAUCACAGGGCUCUGGAUCUCAGUCAGGCGUCCAGGAUGCAUACAAACAGGUGAUGGGGGAGAAAGCCCAGCUCCAGAGAGAGAAGCAAAGACUGGACAGACAGGUUCAGGACCUGCAGCAGAGGAUGGAAGAGCUCCGCCAGGAAACUGAGAGGCUGAAGAGCAGACCCUGCAUGCAACAACCUCCUCUAAGAGUGCCGCAAAUUGACAACAGCUUCAGAACAGGAUCAGUACCUGCACUCUCCCACCUGGUAUCAAGGCCUGUGAAUACACAAGGAGACAAAAGCAGUUUAAGAGAUUCUAAAAGGCAUCUAGAGAAUCCUGGAUACCAGGAGAUGACGGCUGUAGUCACUGAGGUAUCUGCCCCAAAUCUGGAAGGUCCAGCAGACAUCUCAGGCUGUGGUGAUCUGGUGUGGGUCCAGGAGCCUAAGGUGCACCGCAAGGCUGAAACCAUUGCUGGUAAAUAUGGUGUCUGGAUGCAAGACCCAGAAGCUAAAGAACCUUAUAAUACAGAGAUGGUAUGGCGCAUUGAUGCCAUAGGGUCUGAAGUGCGUCAACUCUUCGGGUAUGAAAACAUGGACCAGCUGUCACGGGGCUUUCCCACAAAAGUCCUCCUCUUGCCAGAAUCUAUGGAGAGCACAGGUGCCACAAUGUACAGAGGCUCCUUGUACUACCAACAGAAGCUCAGCCGCAUCCUUCUAAGAUACGAUCUACUCUCAGAGAACAUUGCUGCCCGCCGUGAUCUUCCCCAUGCUGGCUUUCAUGGUCAGUUCCCUUAUUCCUGGGGUGGCUACACAGACAUUGACCUAGCAGUAGAUGAGAAUGGUCUAUGGGCCAUAUACAGCACCAGCAAAGCCAAGGGUGCUAUUAUGAUCUCCCAGCUGGACCCUGAAAACCUGGAGGUGAAGGGCACCUGGGAGACUAAAAUCCGCAAGACAUCCGUGGCGAAUGCUUUUAUGAUCUGUGGCAAGAUGUACACAGUAGCUAGUUACACCUCACUAAACACCACCAUAAAUUACAUGUAUGACACUGCAACCAGCCAGGGUAAAACAAUCUCAGUGCCAUUCAAAAACCGCCAUCGCUACAACAGCAUGGUAGACUAUAACCCAACACAGAGAAAGCUAUAUGCUUGGGAUAACUAUUACAUGGUAACUUAUAAUGUGAGACUAGGCAAGCAGGAGUAAAGUGAAGGAAUCUGCAUACAUUUCCAUCUCACCCAGCUUAUAUAUGCAUUUUGUAAUGUUUUAAUAUUUUAACAUCCAGAGGGACUGCUAUUGUUGGAUUUACUGUAAUUCAAAGACACUCAUAGACAACUGGACAAGAAUCAACUAUAAUAAUUCUGAUAACAAUCAUAGCACCUGCA